CUGCAGAAGUAAAAAAUAAUCAUGAAAAACUAAGAAAGUGCAAUUUUCAAAACUUAAAAAUUUAAUAGAAAAUCAAGAUGACUUCUCUCAAGGUACUGCUGCGCUUACCUAAAAAUCGGGUCAGCAAAUUUUCAUUGUAUCCUUAUCAAUUGCCAUCAUUAUGGUAUGUUGGACGUGCUACCCUAUGCACAUCGUCGGCAGUUAUACGUAACACGCUUAACAGAGGAAACAAUCAACAGGAACUCAAACAAGCCAGAUAUCUUUUGGCACCGACAUUCAAAUUGCAAAACUUUAAUGCUUUAAAUAAAUGUAAGCGUUGCUGGUUUGGUACCAAAAAUCCCGACCAAGCCAAUAAGUCGGACACGAAAUCGGCAGCUGUAAAUGAAGUAGAAUUAUUUGGUGACGGUUCGAAUUUAAGUCAAUUUCAAAAAUUGAAAUUGAUGUAUAAGAAAUAUUGGUAUGUCUUGAUACCGGUGCAUUUGAUAACGUCAACCUGUUGGAUUGUAGGUUUUUAUUACAUGAUAAAGAGUGGUGUCGAUGUUGCCUCUAUAAUGACGUCUUUACAUAUUAGCUCAACCAUUAUUGAAAAAGCAAGCAAUUCCCAAGUGGGCCAUUGGGCUCUUGCUUAUUUAUGCUUUAAGGUAGCCACACCUCUACGUUAUGCUGUUACUUUGGGUGGGACUACAGCGGCUAUUAGAUACCUGGGGCAAGCCGGUUUAAUUAAACCGGUGCCCACCAAAAAUGAAUUUAUGCGUAUUUAUGAGGAGAAAAUUGGUAAAAACAGCCCUAACAACUCCAAAAACUCAAGUCAAAAGUCAAAACAAUCCGAAGAGGACGAUGAUGAGAGUGAUAAAACAAGUAAUAAAAAGCAAGGCAAAUGAUUAUUUACACUGCAAUGUAAAGGAUAAAAUGAUUUUGUUGAGUGCAUGUUCUAUUUAUACAGUGGAUAUAAAAUUAUGUUUUCCUUUAUAUUGCCAACUGUUCACCAU